AUGAAGGUCUCAAUCCUCGGUCUCUUCACCCUCUCGGCAUUCGCUUCCGCGUGCGCCAGGUACGAAAGCUGCCAUUGCUACGACAGCAACGGCGUUCCCAACAACGGCGCCACUCAAGCCGUGUGCGACCACUACAAGGGCGGAAUGGAGCCCAACACGCGAGAAUACGGCGCGAAUACUCAGUACAAGCAGUGCAACGUCAAGACCUUUGGUGGUGGUGCCUCGAGCUUUGAUAACUGUGACUGGAGGGGUAGAUGCCAGGGCGCUGGUGCGACUGGUGCUGAUUCAUCUUGCUGGAAUAAGUUUCCUUAGGGGUCGUGUGAGAGAGGGAGGCUUGAGUCGUUGUAUGGAGUUCCAAUGAUUGGUUUAAGCUCGGCCGACUGUAAGCGGGUUUUAAUGUUUAUACUACAAGUUUAUGAU